AUGUAUGAGAUAUUAUUCACAGUAGGAGUUCAAGGUACCAUCUUGAUUCAGCUUCUUUCAAGAACUACUGUGACUUUGCUGGAAGGAUAUACGUCUCUCAACAUUGAGAUAUCUUCCAGUACUUAUCAGAAACUAUGUGGUGAUAAAUAUUUUUUUUUUUCAGAUAUGGAGGAUGAAGUAUUACGUAAACUGAAAUUAAGCUACGAUUACUUAAGAAAUGGAAAACUGAAGUCAUGUUUCUUAUAUUGCUCGUUAUACCCAGAAGACUAUCCCAUUAAGAUAGAAGAAUUAAUAGAUGUUUGGAUAGGAGAAGGUUUCUUAAAUGAAGUUUGUGAUCGCCUUGAAGGACGUGAUGUAAUCGAAUGUCUUAAAAGUGCAUGUUUGCUAGAAAGCUGUGUAAUCGAGGAAUAUGGGCUAGUGGAACACGGGGUAAAAAUGCAUGAUGUUAUCCGUGAGUUGGCAAUUUGGUUAGCCUCCUCAGGUCUUGGAGAGAUAAAUCUGAAGGAUUCCAUUCAAGAACAACAAGACCUCCAUAAAUGGGAGUUCGAUGAGCGGAUAUCUCUAACAGGAUCCAAAGCUGUGUCAAAACUAACUGGAGCUCCAAAAUGCAGAAAUCUUUUAACUUUGUUGCUCCGAGGAAGUGAGAUUCGAACUCUGUCUGAUGAAUUUUUUCAAUACAUGCCCCGGCUUAAAGUUUUAAGCAUGCCUCAACAUCUGGAAAUCGACAAUCUCCCAGCAAGUAUUUCUUCAUUGUCUGGACUACAGUAUCUCAACUUAGCAAAGACGUCAUUUAGUUCUAAUGCUACUCUGAAACCAGGUACUUUUGAUUCUCUUGUAAGUUUGAAGACGUUGGACUUAUAUUUUUCGAAUCUAAGAAACUGGGAAAAAAGAGGUGGGCCAAGCCUGGAUGAAUUAGAAAGGUUAGAAAAUCUGAAGUCUCUGGGACUCACUAUAGAAAGCAAUGUUGCUCUGAAAAAGUUAGUAACUACUGUCAAAUUGCAAAUGUGCACCAAAAAGUUGAUGGUCGAAAUAGAAAGAGGCACAUCUUCCAUCUCGCUGUCACCAUCCUCACCACUGUCGCCAACAUCGGUUAGUCUUGCUAACAUGGCUAGUUUAAAGAUACUUCAUCUUCGAGGAUGUAGUGGGUUGAGAGAACUAAAAAUCCCAAGUACAAGUAGCGUUUGUGCGGAGGAUAAAGUUACUUUGUGCACGUCCUUGGAGGUAUUACUAAUUCAACUUGUGGCACAAUUAGACAUAGUGUGUGAUAUGCUUCAACAAUCGUCGUGCUUUGUAAACUUUAAACAUGUAAGAAUCAUGGGUUGUCACGAAUUGAAGGACGUAUCAUGGCUGAUAUAUGCUCAGAAUCUUGAGAUCCUUGAUAUGGGUUAUCAGAAUAUAUUAGAAGAAAUAAUAUCCUACAGGUUUCCAGGGGUAACCGACUGUGAUAUUACCUUUCGAAGACUACCGACGAUGAAACUGUAUGAGUUAGGAAAUCUAUAA